UCUCCCCCCUCACUAUUUCCGUCGCGAGGCCGCCGACGCAAGAGCGGCGGCGGUUCCUUUGCGCAAGCCGGCGCGUCUGCUAGCACGUCAUUCCUCCUCGAGCAGCGUCGCCUCCUCAGACCGGCGCAGGCUCUGCUCGGCUGGGCUCCGCGCUCUCGCCCUCCUUCUUCGAGCCAGGGGAAGGAGCCUGAGGGGCCCGUUCGCGGCGGCUCUCUUUCGCCCGCCACCAUGUUGAGGCGCAGCAGGGCGGAAGUAGACCGUUAUGUCUCCUCGCUGCAGGCCUCGGCCUCUUCGCCCAGGGAGAAAUCCAUGAAAGGAUUCUUUUUUGCUAAGCUGUAUUAUGAAACAAAGGAAUAUGAAUUGGCUAAAAGGUACAUAUCUACAUAUCUCAGUGUCCAAGAAAGAGAUCCCAAGGCACACAAAUUCUUGGGACAGCUCUAUGAAGCUGAAGAAAACAUAGAGAAAGCUGUAGGCUGUUAUAAGCGUUCAGUGGAGUUGAACCCAACACAGAAAGACCUUGUAUUGAAGAUUGCAGAACUACUGUGCAGUAAUGAUAUUACUGAUGGAAGAGCAAAAUACUGGGUUGACAGAGCAGCCAAGCUUUUUCCUGGAAGCCCUUCAGUUUUUCGACUAAAGGAGAGUCUGGUGGAUUGCAAGAGUGAGACUGGAUGGAACCAGCUUCUUGAUUUGAUCCAGUCAGAGUUGUGUGCCAGACCUGAUGAUGUUUAUGUUAAUAUUCGAUUAGUGAAGCUGUACUUAUCAAACAAAAAUCUUGCUGCUGCUGUGGCACAUUGUCAGGAAGCAGAGAAAAAAAUACCAUUGCAGUCAAGCUUGGAAUGGUGUUCGUGUGUUGUACAUACACUUAAGGAAUAUCUUGACUCUCCACAGGAGUUGGAAUCCAAUAAACCUAACGAACAAAAGGCUAGAUCCCGUCGGGAUCUCUUGUUGGCUUAUUCAAAUCUGGUAGUAAUGACACUUUCAAACCGAGGUGUAGAAGAAAGCAGAGAAUCCCUCCAAAGCUUUGAUCAUGCACUCCAUUCAGUGAAACCUCAUGCAGCUGGAGGUGAUGAACUUUUUGUAACUUACCUGGAAAUGAAAGGCCACUUCUACAUGCAUGCUGGAACUCUGCUGUUGAAAAUGGCCCAGGAAAGUGAGAUGCAGUGGAGAGCUGUUUCGGAAUUGGCAGCUUUAUGUUACCUUCUAGCUUUUCAGGUUCCUAGACCAAAGUCAAAACUAAUAAAAGGCGAUCAAGCUGAACAAGAGAAGUUGGAAAUGUUAGCCUGUGAUCGACAGAGCCAGUCUGGACAUAUGCUGCUAAACCUAAGCCGUGGGAAGCAGGAUUUUUUCAAUGAGAUUGUUGAAUCAUUUGCAAACAAGAGUGGACAGUCUGCCUUAAUUGAUGCACUAUUUGGGAGUGGUUCUUCUACAGAGACCUCCUUUCUUGGCACAGAUGAUAUUGGAAAUGUUGAUGUGCAAGUACCAGAAUACACAGAACUAGCCAGAUAUGAUAUUGGUGCCAUUAGAGCCCACAGUGGUAGUCUCCAACACCUCAUAUGGCUUGGUCUGCAGUGGAACUCCAUAUCACCCCUGCAAACAUUUCGCAAAUGGUUGAAGCAACUUUUCCACUUGCCUCAGGAAACAUCCAGACUUGAGACCAAUGCUCCUGAAUCGAUUUGCAUGUUGGACCUUGAAGUAUUUCUGCUUGGGGUGAUAUUUACCUGCCAUUUGCAAUUGGAAGAGAAAUUUAAUACCAAGUACAGUGUGCACCAGCCUCAAUUCCUACCACUACCAGUAUGCAAGCAACUUUGUACUGAGAGGCAGAGGGCCUGGUGGGAUGCUGUUUAUGCUCUUGUUCACAAACAGACUCUGCCUGGGACAGCAGCAAAAGUGAGGCUUCUAGUCCAACAUGAAAUAAGCACCCUCAGAGCCUUAGGUAAACAUGGUCUUCAGCCUGCUCUGAUCAUGCACUGGGCAAAAUGUCUCCUUAAAACAGGUUGCAGUCUUAAUUCUUUCUAUGACCAAAGAGAUUACAUUGGACGAAGUGUUUAUUACUGGAAGAAAGUUUUGCCAAUGCUUGAGACAAUCAAGAAGAAAAGAAGUAUUCCUGAACCAAUUAACCCAUUGUUCAAUCACUUUCAUAGUGAAGAUAUUCAGGUUUUCCAGGUUGGUGUAUAUCAAGAAGAGGCACACAUAGCAUUUGCGAUUUUGGAUUCUGUGGAUGGAAAAACAGAUGAUGCUAUGCAAGCAUUUGAAGCUAUUAAAAAUGUUGUCUCAUAUUGGAAUCUUGCUCUAAUUUUCCAGAGGAAAGCUGAAGAGAUAGAGAAUGAUGGUCUGUCAUUAGAAGAACAAGAAGAAUACAGAAAUCUUCUGAAAAAGAGUAGAGACUACCUCAUAAAAAUUAUAGAUGAAAGCAGCAGCGAUACUUCAGUAAUUGAAAAGUUACCUGUAUCCAUAGAGACAGUUAAGGAGAUGCUGGAAAGUAUAAUGCAAGAACUUGGAAUCAACGGUGAAGAAAGGAGUCUUAUCCUAAACAAUGAUUUGAGCCAACCAGUGGAGACGGAAAUUAAACAUUCUACCCCAUCGCCCACAAAAUUCUCUCUAUCUCCAAGUAAAAGCUACAAGUUCUCGCCCAAAACUCCUCCUCGCUGGGCCGAGGAUCAAAAAACACUACUUAAGAUGAUCUGUCAGCAAGUAGAAUCCAUAAAGAAUGAGAUGCAAGAAAUGAAACUUAACAAUUCUAAUACAACCAUGUCUCAGCGGUGGCCUGCCGAAAGCUAUGCAGCAGAUACCAUGCCAGAUGGCUAUCAAGGCACACAGAGCUUUCAUGGAGCACCGUUAACUGUUGCUACAACAGGUCCAUCUGUCUACUACAACCCAUCACCAGCUUACAAUUCCCAAUAUCUCCUACGGACAGCAGCCACAAACGUGACCCCCACAAAGGCUCCUGUCUAUGCCAUGAACAGGCUUACUCCUCAGCAGCACAUAUAUACAUAUCAACAGCCAAUGCAUACUCCUCCACUGCAGAACACUUCUGCUUGCAUGUUUUCACAAGAAAUGUAUGGUACUCCCCUGCGUUUUGAUUCUCCGGCAACCGGAAUGUUAUCUCCUCGUGGCAAUGAAGACUACUACAACUACAGCGUUCCACCAACAACUACAAAUCCGCCACUUCCCGAGCCAGGCUAUUUUACAAAACCUUCUGCAGCACCCCCGGUCUCCCGGUCUGCAGAGUCAAAAGUGAUAGAAUUUGGGAAGCCUGCCUUUGGGCAGCCUGUACCACCAGUAGAGGGAGCAAAACCUUCCUUGAUAACUUCUGCUCAGUCGACACAGCCAACCACUUUCAAAUUUAAUUCCAAUUUCAAAUCUAACGAUGGAGAUUUUACUUUUUCAUCACCUCAGGUUGCAGCGCAGCCACAUAGUACCCCCUAUAGUAACAGCGAUAGUCUUUUGGGCCUUCUUACAUCCGACAAGCCUAUCAAAGAGGACCGAUAUGCUGGACAGAAGCCGCUUACUGAAUAUCCCACUGGACAGCGAAAUAUCUUCAGUUUUGGUGGGAAGAAUGCAUCAGGCAUUUCAUUUACAGAUAAAAUGGGACAAAAUCAACCCAGGCCCUCUGGUUUUAGUAAGGGUGAUGUGUUCAGCUUUCAGGAUCCUGGCAAGCCUGUAUUUGGUACUCCACAUUCAGAUGUAGCAAACAGAAGUCACGAAACAGAUGGAGGAAGUGUCCAUGGUGGUGGUGAAGAUGAUGAUGAUGGCCCUCAUUUCGAACCUGUUGUGCCACUACCUGACAAAAUUGAAGUAAAAACAGGUGAAGAAGAUGAAGAGGAGAUGUUUUGCAAUAGAGCAAAACUUUUCCGCUUUGAUGGUGAAUACAAAGAAUGGAAAGAGAGAGGUGUUGGUAAUGUGAAAAUUCUGAGGCAUAAAAUAACUGGCAAAAUCCGACUACUUAUGAGACGGGAGCAAGUGCUGAAAAUUUGUGCAAAUCACUAUAUAAAUCCUGAUAUGACACUGAAUCCAAACGCUGGAUCAGAGAAAUCUUUUGUGUGGCAUGCCUUGGACUAUGCAGAUGAAUCAGCAAAACCUGAGCAACUUGCAAUCAGGUUUAAAACUCCAGAUGAAGCAAUGCGUUUCAAGCAGAAAUUUCAAGAGGCACAAAAUAUUUUGAGAGUAUCUGGAUCAAGUGAUAGUCAACAGGCUUCUCAGGGUAUUGUGUCAUCAAGAGAAGCUACUGCUCAAGAUGCAAAAGAUUCUGGUAAAUCUGACUCGGGACUCAUCAGCUCUGGAUUUAACUUCAAGAGUGGGACAUCAUCUGUCAGUGGUAGCUAUCAGGUUCCUGUUCCCGAUGCGAGCAGUUCAGCUAAAAACACUAAUGCCAAAAGUACUUUUACGAUUGCAUCAAGUGCAGCUACACCUGCAUCCUUCUCUUUUGCUAAAGAAGGGACGGGAGCAAAUGCUGCAUACGGAUUUGGUGAACAGUUCAUGUUAAAGAAAGAUCAGUGGGAGUGCAACACAUGCCUCGUUCGAAAUAAAAUAACUGCACAGAGUUGUGUAGCAUGCCAGACUCCAAAUCCAGCUAAUCGGGAAGCACAGGCUGUGCUUCCUCCGACAGAAUCGACUGUAACUUUCAAACCCAACACUGAAGGUGCACACUGUACAUUUGGACCAAUUCCUCCAAAAGAAAACCAGUGGGAAUGCAGGACCUGUCUUGUGAGAAACGAAGCCAGCACAUCACAUUGUGUUAGCUGCAAGAAUCCCAGCAGAACAAAUGUACCAGCGUUUGGUUCCCAAACCACAUUCAAAUUUGGCCAUGCAGAGGCUCCAAAAGUCCCACCAAGUGGUUUUGGGGCUGCUUUUCAGAAAAAGGAGGGCCAGUGGGAUUGCAGCAUAUGCUUAGUAAGAAAUGAAAGCUCUUCACCAACUUGUGCUGCUUGUCAGGCUGCAAACCCAUCUAGCAAUGCUCCAGCUUUACCAGCUAGUGAUGCUCAACUGCCUGUGUUUGGCUUCAAAAGCAAGUUAUCUGAAUCCACUGGAGGACCACAGGGAACGGGUUUUAAAUGUGACAUAACAGAGAAGGGUUUUAAAUUUGGCCUUUCUACAGAGCAAGGGAAGUCUCCUUCCUUCACGUUUCAGAUUCCUACUAGCAGUGAAACUAAGCCUAUAAAAGGAGGGUUUAAUUUUUCAAUGCCUGUACCUCCAGGUGAAUUUAAAUUUGGUAUACAAGAGCCUAGCAAAGAUGUUGCAAACGACCAACAGAAUAAAGACAGUGGUGCUGAUGAAAGAGAUGAGGUGUCGGAGGAAGAAAAUGCAAUGAAAUCUCAUGAUAGAUCUAGUAAACAGAGUGGUGAUUUGGUGUUUGGUCAACACAGCAGCACAUUCACUUUUGCUGACCUUGCAAAAACAACUGCAGGUGAAGGAUUUCAGUUUGGUAGGAAAGAUCCGAAUUUCAAGGGCUUUACAGGUGCAGGUGAAAAGCUAUUUUCUUCUCAGGCUGCUAAAUCUUCGUUCAAAGGAAAUACUUCUUCUGAUCUUGAGAAGGAAGAUGAGUCAUAUAAAACAGAAGAUAACGAUGAUAUUCAUUUUGACCCUGUUGUCCAGAUGCCCGAGAAAGUGGAACUGGUGACUGGUGAAGAAGAUGAGACGAUGUUGUAUUCCCAAAGAGUAAAACUAUUCAGGUUUGAUGCAGAAACAAGCCAGUGGAAAGAACGUGGUGUGGGCAACUUGAAAAUCCUUAAGAAUGAAGUUAAUGGCAAGCUACGAAUCAUCAUGCGACGUGAGCAGGUAUUUAAGGUUUGUGCAAACCACUGGAUCACAACUACCAUGAACUUGAAGCCCCUCUCUGGCUCAGACAAAGCAUGGAUGUGGUUAGCCAGCGACUUCUCUGAUGGUGAUGCGAAGCUGGAGCAAUUGGCAGCUAAAUUCAAAAGUCCAGAGCAAGCUGAGGAAUUUAAAUUUAAAUUUGAAGAAUGUCAAAGGCUAUUGCUGGAUAUACCACUCCAGACCCCACAUAAACUAUUAGAUUCUGGGAAAACAGCUGAACUGAUACAAAAAGCAGAAGAAAUGAAAAGUGGUUUGAAAGAUCUCAAAACCUUCCUGACAGAUGAUAAAACUAAACUUGCAGAUGAAGAGAGUAAAACCUCUGUGUCUGCUACAAAUGCCUCUGAUUUGGUUAUCAAGCCACACGCCGAAAGCACUGGGCCUACACUAGAGUGGGACAACUAUGACUUGCGUGGGGAAGCACUGGAUGAUAGUACAGACAGUUCUGUGUAUGCUUUGCCUCGGGCCAGUAGCCCUGUGAGGAAAAAUCUAUUUAGGUUUGGAGAGUCCACCACAGGGUUUAACUUCAGCUUCAAAUCUGCAUUAAGUCCCUCUAAGUCUCCUUCCAAACAGAACCAAAGUAGGACUUCUGUGGGCACAGAUGAGGAAUCUGAUGUUACCCAAGAAGAUGAAAGAGAUGGUCAGUAUUUUGAACCAGUAGUACCUUUACCUGACCUCGUGGAAGUAAAAAGUGGUGAAGAAAAUGAGCAAGUUGCCUUCAGUCAUCGUGCUAAACUUUAUAGAUAUGAUAAAGAUGCUAAUCAGUGGAAAGAGAGGGGUAUUGGAGACAUAAAGAUCUUGCAAAACUAUGACACUAAACAAGUUCGUGUAGUCAUGCGAAGAGACCAGGUAUUAAAGCUUUGUGCCAAUCACAGAAUAACCUCAGAUAUGAACAUCCAGCCAAUGAAAGGCACAGAGAGAGCCUGGGUAUGGACCGCGUUUGACUUUGCUGAAGGGGAACGGAAAGUAGAGCACUUGGCUGUGCGAUUUAAGCUGCAGGAUGUUGCGGACUCAUUUAAGCAGAUCUUUGAGGAAGCAAAACACGCUCAAGAAAAAGACACCUUAAUCACACCACUCUCUUCACGGGCCAAUACUCCAAAGGAAUCGCCAUGUGGAAAGAUUGCUGUUGCAGUACUUGAAGAAACUACCAGGGAGAGAACUGAUUUAAAGCAGGAUGAAGAAACACUUACACAAACUGCAGAGACUUCGCCAACGGUGGACACUUCUGAGACGCCAACGAAAGCAGUGGUAUCGCCACCCAAAUUUGUCUUUGGGUCAGAAUCCGUCAAAAGCAUUUUUAGCAAUGAAAAAUCAAAGCCUUUCACGUUUGGAAACACAUCAGCAACAGGAUCUCUCUUUGGCUUCAGCUUUAACGCUUCUCCCAAGAGCAAAAGCGUUAGCUCAGUGUGUCAUAGCACAAAACAGCGAGAACCAGAUGGCACAUAUGAUGCUACCGUUUGGAAACACUCUGAUGGCAAAGGAGAAAGUCAAGUGGCUACCUCAAAGGCAGAAGGACUUCCUAAUUUUUCAUUUAAAGGAUUUAAUUUUAGCCUUUUUAAAUCUAACCCAAUGGCCUUUUGGACCAGCGCAUCCCCCCCUCAACCCAAUAGUAAAGCAGUUGAGAUUAAGAAGGAGCCAGAUGAUACUGCCACUUCAGACGAUGUUUUGAUUGUAUAUGAGUUAACACCCACACCUGAGCAAAGAGCUCUUGCAGACUCCCUUAAGUUACCUCCAACAUUCUUCUGCUACCAGAAUGAACCUGGGUAUCUGAAUGAAGAUGAUGAUGAUGAUGAUGAGGACUAUGAAACAGCCGUGAAGAAGCUUAAUGGAAAGUUGUAUCCUGAUAAACCUGAAAAACGUGCACAACUGAAAGAAACUGAUACAACUAUUGAAGGAGAAAAUGAAGCAGAAUGUGGGAGUGAGUGUAUUAUUGUGUGGGAAAAGAAACCAACUCCUGAAGAAAAGGCUAAAGCAGAAACCCUGAAGCUUCCUCCAACCUUUCUGUGUGGUAUUGGCAGUGACACUGAUGAAGACAAUAACUUAGAAGACUUUCAAACAGAACUUAGAAAAGUCCAAGAAACAAACGAAGCUCAAGUAGAAGAAGUAACCAGUUCAACUGAUGAUGUGUGCUCCAUUAAGGAGGAACAGUCUGCUGAAGCAGUCAGUAAAGCUGAAGAACCAGAUUCUACCACUGAACCUAUAUACACUAUACAGACGUUAUUAGCAGCAGAUGACAAACCUGUUGACCUGUCAACGAAAAAAGAAAACGAUGUCAGUUCUGCAACCUCUACAAACCAAGAAAGCAAACCUUUCUCAUUCACCCUUGGCAACAACAUACCUGGCUUGUCAUUUGCUGAUCUGGCUUCAAAUAAUUCUGGAGAUUUUGCUUUUGGUUCUAAAGCAGACAAAAACUUCAAGUGGGCAAAUACAGGAGCAACUGUGUUUGGCGGACAAGUGGCCACUAAGUGUGACAACGAAGAUGAUGGAAGUGAUGAAGAAGUUGUACACAGUGAUGAUAUUCAUUUUGAACCAAUUGUAUCACUGCCUGAGGUUGAGGUGAAGUCAGGAGAAGAAGAUGAAGAAAUUCUCUUCAAAGAGAGGGCAAAACUCUACAGAUGGGACAGAGAAGUCAAUCAGUGGAAAGAACGUGGUGUGGGAGAAAUAAAGAUCCUCUACCAUACACAGAAUAAAUGGUAUAGAAUCUUAAUGAGAAGGGACCAAGUUUUCAAAGUCUGUGCAAAUCAUAUGAUUUCAAAAACGAUGGAUCUAAAACCCUUGAAUACUUCAAACAAUGCUAUGGUUUGGACUGCAACAGAUUAUGCCGAUGGUGAAGCUAAGAUAGAACAGCUUGCUGUCAGAUUUAAAAGCCAAGAGCUGGCUGAUUCCUUCAAGAGGAGAUUUGAAGAAUGUCAACAGAGCUUGUCAGAGUUACAGAAGGGUCAUGUUUCUCUGGCAGCAGAAUUGUCAAAGGAAUCUAACCCUAUAGUAUAUCUCGAAGUUUCAGCUAACGACGAACCUCUAGGUCAUGUAACCAUAGAAUUGUUUUCAAAUAUUGUUCCGCGAACUGCUGAGAACUUCAGGGCAUUGUGCACAGGAGAAAAAGGAUUUGGAUUCCGAAAUUCCAUAUUUCAUAGAAUAAUUCCAGAUUUUAUCUGUCAAGGAGGUGAUAUCACUAGACAAGAUGGUACGGGUGGCCAGUCCAUUUAUGGAGAAGCAUUUGAGGAUGAAAACUUUGAAAUAAAACACACUGGCCCUGGCUUACUGUCGAUGGCAAAUCGUGGCAGAGACACCAAUAAUUCCCAAUUCUUUAUCACUCUCAAAAAAGCAGAGCACUUGGACUUUAAACAUGUUGUUUUUGGGUUUGUAAAGGAUGGGAUGGAUAUUGUGAAAAAAAUUGAAUCUUUUGGCUCACCUAAAGGAGUAGUGUCAAAAAGAAUUUCGAUUACAGACUGUGGUCAAUUAUAAAAUCAUUUCUAUGACUAUGUGGAUUAAAAUAAAUGUUCAGAUUUAGACAAAAUUAUGUUCAGCUUCUUUAAAAAUGAACAUUUCUGGUGUAUAAAUGUAGAGUUACAGCUUAUAGCUGAGUACUUUUUUAGUGUUUCAAUUGACUGCAUGUUGUGAAAUAAAAGUUCAAACACUGGUAAAUUUUAGGUGUAUUUUUGUUUCAUCCCCAUUUUUGUAUUAAAUGAUUUAAAAUUAAA